GCGACAGAGCGCGGCGGCGGCGGGCGGGCCCUGCCGUGGCGCAUGCCUGCUGUGCUUCUCAGGCGCAGCCGCCUGGCGGGACCCCGGCGUGGGCCGCCUGCUGCGGGGCGAGCGCAGGUGGCGGCCGCGGGGAGGGGGGAAGCGGGUGGCAGCUGAGGGGAGAGCGGCGCGCCGCGCCCUCCCCGGCCGGCAGCCCCGCCUCGAGCGCCCUCCGCCUCUCCCCUCGUCCCCCCUAGACGCAGGGGCCCGCGGCCCUCAUGGAGGACGAGGACUGCCCCGACCUCGUCCCGAUAGACGCGGGCGGCGCGGAGAACAGCGAGUCCAGCCCCAGCAGGAAGAUCCCCGUGACCAUCAUCACGGGCUACCUAGGAGCUGGGAAAACAACUCUUCUAAAUUACAUCCUGACAGAACAGCAUAAGAAAAGAAUAGCAGUUAUUCUGAAUGAGUUUGGAGAAGGAAGUGCCUUAGAGAAAUCUCUGGCAAUCAGUCAAGGGGGAGAACUCUAUGAAGAAUGGCUGGAGCUCAGAAAUGGCUGCCUGUGCUGUUCGGUAAAGGACAAUGGUGUGAAGGCUAUUGAGAACCUGAUGCAAAGGAGAGGAAAAUUUGACUAUAUAUUGCUAGAAACAACUGGUUUGGCAGAUCCAGGAGCUGUGGCCUCUAUGUUCUGGGUUGAUUCUGAGCUGGGAAGUGACAUCUAUCUUGAUGGUAUUGUAUCUGUUGUUGAUGCAAAGCAUGGAUUGCAGCACUUGACAGAAGAAAAGCCAGAAGGCCUUGUCAAUGAAGCAUGUCGGCAGAUUGCAUUAGCUGAUCUAAUAAUCAUCAAUAAAACAGAUUUGGUUUCAAGGGAAGAAUUGAAUGAAGUCAGAACAUCUGUCAGGUCAAUAAAUGGACUUGUUAAAAUUCUAGAGACACAAAGAUCAAGAGUUGAUCUUUCCAAUGUCUUGGACCUGCAUGCUUUUGACAGUUUAUCUGGAAUAAGUUUACAGGAAAAGCUUGACCAUGUAAAGACAACACAUGCACAUCUAGAUAAGGGUAUAAUUACAGUAACGUUUGAAGUUCCAGGCAAUAUAAAAGAAGAAAACUUAAAUCUUUUUAUUCAGAAUCUUCUGUGGGAGAAGAAUGUGAAAGAUAACACUGGGCACACCAUGGACGUCAUAAGACUGAAGGGACUGGUAUCUAUUCAAGGCAAAUCUCAUCAGGUCAUAGUCCAAGGUGUCCAUGAGCUCUAUGAUCUGGAAGAGACUGCAGUAGCCUGGAAAGAAGAUGAAAAGAGAACAAAUAGACUGGUCCUAAUAGGCAGGAACUUGGAUAAGGAGAUCAUCAAAGAAGUAUUUAUAGCCACUGUGAGAGAGAAACAAGGAGACAGUUGACAUCGAACUACAAAAAAGAUUAAAUGUCUCUGCUUAACGCUGCAAGCUUUUUAUGGCAGAAAAGACUGAAUGACAUGCAGUAUAGUAGCAGUUUACACAACAGUUAAACCCUGAAGUCCUCCUCAGAAUCCCAGUAGAUAUACUGCUUAAAGAUCAGCUCUUACAGUCUAGAAUAAAAUACAAAGAAUUCUACCAUUUUGUAUUUAGCUUAAGUUGAGUCAGUAACAUCAUGUACCUGUGCAGAAAUGCAGAUAGACAAUAGAUGUGAUAGACAGAUGAUAUGAUAGAGAGUAGCCCUGCAGGAAAGGACUUGAGGGUACUGGUGGAUGAGCCAACAAUGUGCACUUGCAGCCCAGAAGGUCAAUCGCAUCCUGGGCUGCAUCAAAAGAAGCGUGGCCAGCAGAUCCAGAGAGGUGAUUCUCCCCCUCUACUCUGCUCUUGUGAGACCCCACGUGGAGUACUGUGUCCAGCUCUGGAGCCAUGAGAACAAGAAGGACAUGAACCUGUCGGAGGAGGUCCAGAGGAGGGACACCUUUCCUGUGAGGACAAGCUGAGAGAGUUUGGGUUGUCCAGCCUGGAGAAGAGAAGGCUCUGGGGAGACCUUAUAGCGACCUUCCAGUACCUGAAGGGGGCCUACAGGGAAGGUGGGGAGGGGCUGUUUGCAAGGGCAUGUAGCAAUAGGACGAGGGGCAACGGUUUUAAACUAAAGCAGGGUAGGUUUAGAUUAGACAUUAGGAAGAAAUUCUUUACUGUGAGGGUGGUGAGACACUGGAACAGGUUGCCCAGAGAGGUGGUGGAGGCCCCAUGCUUGGAGACAUUCAAGGCCAGGCUUGAUGAGGCUCUGAGCAACCUGAUCUAGUUGUGGAUGUCCCUGCUUACUGCAGGGGGGUUGGACUAGAUGACCUUUAAAGGUCCCUUCCAACCCAACACAUUCUAUGAUUCUAUGAAUAAGCUGUUGUUUGUGCUGCACAGGAAGUAUUAUAAUAGGAAUAUGGUAAACAUGUUUGAAGCCUAGUGCUUUCUCCAGACAACUCUCUUUUUACUACUGGAAAUGAAGCAACAGUGAUUAUUGCCAGUGAUGUAAUCACAGUAAAAAGUAUUUAGAAUCAUAGAAUUGCCUAGGUUGGAAGGGACCUUUCAGAUCAUCUAGUCCAACCAUCAACCAAACUCUGACAAAAAACAUCACUAAACCAUAUCUCUAAACACUAUAUCUGCCCGUCUUUUAAAUAACCUUCAGGGAUGGUGCCUCAACCACUUCCCUGGGCAACCUGUUCCAAUGCAUAGUAACCCUUCCAAUGUAAAAUUUUUUCCUAAUAUCCAAUCUAAACCUCCCCUGGUGCAACUUGAGGCUGUUUCCUCUUGUCCUAUCACCUGUUACUUGGGAGAAGAGACCAGCCCCCAUCUCUCUACAACCUCCUUUCAGGUAGUUGUAGAGAGCGAUAAGGUCUCCCCUCAGGCUCCUUUUCUCCAGGCUGAACAAACCCAGUUCCCUCAGUUGCUCCUCAUAAGACUUGUGCUCUAGACCCUUCACCAGCUUCGUUGCCCUUCUCCGUACUCACUCUGGCACUUCAAUGUCUUUUUUGUGGUGAGGGGCCCAAAACUGGACACAGUACUCGAGGUGGGGCCUCACCAGUGCCAAGUACAAAGGGACCAUCACUUCCCUAGUCCUGCUGGCCACACUAUUUCUGAUACAUGCCAGGAUACUACUGGCCUUCUUGGCCACCUGGGCACACUGCUGGCUCAUAUUCAGCUACCUGUCAACCAACACCCCCAAGUGCUUUUCUGCCAAGCAGCUUUCCAGCCACUCUUCCCCAAGCCUGUAGCACUGCAUGGGGUUGUGACCCAAGUGCAGGACCCCGCACUUGGCCUUGUUGAACUUCACACUGUUGGUUUCAGCCCAUUGAUCCAGCCUGUCCACUUGUGACGAGCUGCCAACUGGGUUUAACUCUAUUCACCACCACUCUCUGGGCCCGUCCACCCAGCCAGUUUUUAACCCAGCGAAGAGUACAGCUGUUCCAAGCCAUGGACAGCCGGUUUCUCCAGGAGGAUGCUGUGGGAAACUAUCAAAGGCCUUAUUAAAGUCCAGAUAAACAACAUCCACAGCCUUUUCCUCAUCCACCAAGCAGGUCACUAUUUAGUGUUUGCUAUUAAACCGUCUUCCAUCUCUUGCCACUUGUUUUGUGAUUUUUGAAUGUAUGUGUCCAUCCCAGGUACCGCUAAGCCUCUUGUAUAAACUAAAAAUAGAUAGAUAGCAGAGGCUCAAGACCACAUGGAAUAUAUACAUGGAAUUACAGCAUAAUAGCUAUGAGUGCAGCAUUCGGUCACAGAGACAAGGUGUUGAAAGAUGCACCUGAUCUCACAGAUCUCCUAGGCCGUGACCCUGUCAGUUCAGGAUUUGGGGGACCAGGGGCAGCGCACUUUCACUGUGUUGUCUAGACUGCCCUGGGUGAUUUGUUAUGGGGUUCUCUGGCACUGUUUGGGUGCCGUUCUGAAAACUUGGUAGGAAGCUUUUAUCUCUCUGCUCAUCACUUUUACAAUUUAGAGUUGAACUUCUUGCCCUGUGCCUUCUCCAGUAGUCACUGUUCUUAGCUUUUAGCUUUAGAGGGGUAUGUUGACUGCAGCUGGGUGAAUGUGAAAUGAGUGAAUACAAGAAGAUAAGGUAGAAUUAAAAAUGUUUCAAACCAUAAUUGUAGGACAUGCAGCAGAUGCUCUGAGGAAUGAACUCUUAGCUGCAGUGCUAUAUGGAUGCUUGCUGAUGUGUCUGGAUAAGUAGAAAUUUGUUUUCAGUACUUAUGGUGUGUCACUUGUCACAUACCUAACAUUUGCUUUAGGACAAAAGGUGCAUCAAACUAAAAAAGAAAAAAAAAAAGGGGGGCCAUUCCUUUAUCAGCAGUCUUAAAAAAAAUUCUUUUUGCUUCUACUGAAAUAAAUGAGAUUAGAGUUUGUUUCCAAAGAUCUGAGGAAGGAGACAUUGUUAAUCUUUCACUGCCAGCAGCUGGUGUCUCUUUGAUUAAUAUAUGAAGUCGUGUGUCCAAUAUGAUAGUGCUCUUCACUCUCCUAGUGGAUACAUUACCAGACAUAACUUUAUUCCUCACAUCAUAAGUAGUUUUAGAUAGCUUGAAGAAGUUUCCAGAAAUUAACUAUUUCCAUAAACUAAAGCAAGGUAAAAAGAAAGAACAAUCUACUUACAAUGUUGCUUUCUGUCCAGCGGAGCAUUCCUGGCAUUUCAGGGAGAUGGGUGUAUUGUCCAGUGACAUUGUGACAGCUUCCCCGAGCAAUACCAUCUCUUCACUUUGAAGAGUAAUACAUAUUCUCACGCUGAUACAUGUUUUGGGUUGCAUAAAUGAUGCUUGGUCCUGCAUGAAAAUUAGUCAUAUGAUUGCCAUCACUGUUAUGGAUUAAGUUACAAACACCAUGUAAAUGCAAAAUUGUGGGUAAUACAUUUGUAUUUGUUGCUGCUUGUUCUUCCGUUCGUCAAGAGAAAGUGAUCAAAAUGCCUUCUAUCUUAUAAAUGGCUCAUGUAAUUGAAGAACUCUGUUAUCUUUAGAAACAUUAAUCUCUGAAGCGCCCAACUUGUUACCUGAAAUAAAAGCUCUUGAAACCAAAA